AUGCACGCGCUCCUCCAGGCGGCCGCGCUCGCGGCGGCGCUCGGUCUCGUGUUCCCCUUCAACGUGGACACGCGCCACCCGGUGAUCUUCGGCGGCCCGGCGGCCGACGCCGACGCCUACUUCGGCUAUACGGUGGCGUUGGUGGCCGGCACCCAGCCCUGGGUGCUGGUGGGGGCGCCGCGCGCAAACUCGACGCUCGGCGUGCACCCCGAGGUGCGCGAGCCGGGUGCGCUGUUCCGGUGUCCGGCGCUGGCGGCCGGCCCCUGUCAGGAGGUCCUGGUGGAUGCGGACGGCAACGAGCCGGCACCGGACCGCUCCUACACCAGCCUGCGCGACGCCGGCUGGCUGGGCGGCUCGCUGGACGUGCAGAACGGUGCCGGCGGCCGGCUGGUGGUGUGCGCGCCGCGCUGGCGCAACCAGCGCUAUGGCGGCCACCGGCUCGGCAACGGCGCCUGCUACGUGGGCAGCAACGAUGCGGUCGACGACAGCUUCGAGCGGCUGGUGCCGCUGGCCGCCAAGGACAAGCAGUACACGCACCUGGUGGGCAUCAACGCCUACCUGUAUUCGUACGGUCAGGCGGGCGUGUCGGCGCACCUGGCGCAAGACAGCGGUGCUCUGCUGCUCGGCGCGCCGGGUGUCUUCGACUGGACAGGAACGGUGGCGCGCUACAGCCCGGCCGGCGACCUGCUCGUGCCCGACCCGUCCGCCUUCCCGGACAGGAUGCGCCGCUACGACUACUUCGGCUACGCAGACCGGUCCUACGACGUCCUCUCCGAGCGCGUCGGCGACCAGCUGGGCGAGUACUUCGGCGCCGCCGUGCUGGCGGUCGACGUGAACGCGGACGGUCUCAGCGACGCGCUGGUCGGCGCGCCGCUGGCCAGUCCCGCCGGCGGGGGCGGCGACGAGGGCCGCGUGUACGUCUACAUCAACGACGGCGGCGGUCGGCUGGGCGAGCCGACCCGCCUGGAGGGCGGCGCCGUCGGCGGCCGGCUCGGCACCGCGCUGGCGCCGCUCGGCGACCUUGACCGCGACGGCUACGAGGACGUGGCCGUCGCGGCGCCGUACGAGGACGAGGGGCGCGGCGCUGUGUACGUGUUCCGGGGCGGCCCCGGCCGCUUCGCUGCCACGGCCUCCCAGCGGAUCGCCGCCCGCGACCUGGGUGACGCGCUGCGGGGCUUCGGCGUCAGCGUCUCCCGCGGGGUCGACAUCGACGGCAACUCUCACCCGGACCUGGCGGUGGGCGCCUACGGCAGCGGCCACGUGGUGCUGCUGCGCGCCAGCCCCGUCAUCGAGUUCGUGAGCUCGCUGACCUCCAGUCCCGAGCGGCUGGACAUGACGCGUGACCGGUUCCAGGUGCGCGCCUGCCUGGCCUUCGGCGGCGAGGCUGUGGACUCGGUCACAGUCGACGUCGCGCUCCGUAUCGAGUCUUUCCACGCACAGGGCGUCUUCAGCGUCGACGGCAGCCAGCAGCGGGAGGCAAACUUCACGCUGGAGAUCAGCCGCGACGAGCCCUCCUGCCGCGUGCUGGACGUGGCGCUGCUCGCGUCCAAGCGGAUCGACUACACCAAGCCGAUGCAGAUCAACAUGCGGUACGCGGUGGCCGGCUCGGGCGCCGAGGAGGUGCGCCGCACGUUCGUUGACACGGACACGGAGAAGAAACGUCUGGUUGAUUACGAGUUCAGCACCCGGCGACGGCGGCAGAUCGAGUUCCCGCAGGCGCCGCCACGCGCUGACUCCUUCUGCCCGCUCUGCCCCGUGCCGAACGUGAACCUGCCGAACCAGCGGGUGACCACGCUGAGCGUGCCGUUCUCGGUGGGCUGCGGCGCGGACGCCACCUGCCAGACGGACCUGCGCCUCUCGCACCGCUUCCUCGGCCUGUCCGGCGGCGCGUACGUGGUCGGCAGCACGGGCACGCUGGAGCUGGAGCUGCGCGCCGCCGGCCCGGAGGGCGUCACGCUCAUCUGUAACGUACUGCCGCACCCCUUCUUCGACAACUCCGAGUACCGGCUGCCGCUGGUGUUCGACAUGAAGGCGGUGACUGGCCGCACUGGUCGCCUCACCUUCAACGCAUCGGUGGAGUCGGCAGGCGAGGAGCUGACGCCCGCCGACAACGUGGCCAACAUCUCACUGCCUCUGGUCAGCCAGGCCGACCUGGAGAUCCGCGGCCGCGCACGCGAACCUUCGCUCGUCUUUGAGAACGCGCCCGUGGAGGACGAGGAGGACGGAGGCGCGAAGUUUGAGUUCGUCCAGCAUACGUACCAGGUGCUGAAGUACCUGCCGACACCGGUGCCGGCGGUCAACAUCUCGUUCCUGGUGCCGGUGGACGUGCUGGCAGCGGACGGCACGGUGGUGAACAUCGCCCGAGUCUACCCGCCGGCGGCGUUCGUCGAUAGCCAGCCGCUGACCUGCGUUGUCGAGGACGACGCGUACCUGUUGUCGGGCCGACAGCCGACUGCCGUGGCGGCGCUCUCCUCGCUCGGCGUCGGCCGCCUGCUGCUCACCUCCAGCGGAAGGGUGCGCAUGCUGGGCGACUCGCUGAUCCCAGCCGAGCUGAACCAGCGGCCGGACGAGGCGCGCGUCACCACCGAGCUGCUCGCCGCCACACUCACCCCCGAAGAGGUGCCCACCUGGAUCGUGGUGGUGGCCGUGCUGGGGGCGCUGCUGCUACUGGCGCUCAUCACGCAGGGCCUGCACCUGGCAGGCUUCUUCCGGCGCACGCGGCGCGAGCAGCUGGAGCAACAGCAGGAGCAGCAACAGGAGCAAGAGGUGAAGGAGAACUUUGGCCACAUGUUCAUCGUGCCGGGGCCGCCGGCCGCGGCGGUCAAGUGAGCGUCGCCGGCGACAUCGAGGGCGGUGCGGCCAUCACCAGGGCUGUGAUCAGGGACAUCAGCGGAGGUGUACUCUGGCGUGCGGUGCUGUGGGACGGGAAGAGACGGGUUUGAUGUCAGCGUGGGCAUGCGUCUCACAAACACUUCGUUUAUCAUGCUUUACAUUUUGUACUCGCCUUGUGCAUAGCGCGAGCGGAGCGGCCCUGGACCGCGAGCGGAUUCUAUUGUGGCGCGUGUGUGAUUCAAACGUGGUACGCGUCGCUGCGGUGAAUGCCUGAGAACAGGGCGUGGUGGUCAAAUCACAAGUUCUCACGUUGAUUUACCAUGUUAUCUCCCGGUGACCGGCCGAGGCUCGCAGUCAGUCGCGCCCGAAGCCUCAGUGCGGGCCUCUGCUUGUGUUAAUUGUUAAGAGCGUUUGUGUGUCCUUGAAGUGCUUCCGCAUGUCGUCGCGUGAUAUUGCUCAAUCGCAUGUGCCUGCAUCGUCAGCCUAUGAACACGCUAGUCUAUGAUACCGUGUAAAAUGCAUUACC